ACAAAAAGAGUCUACUCAGGAACCGAAUGUUAAAUCUAUAGAUUACGUCAUCCUGUAUUCUUUCGUUCAACCACCAAGUCAGUGUGGGGCCAAACGUCCAAAGCCCCUCGGAUCUCUUUCGAUUCUACCCCAUCGGUCCAUCAAUUCCUUGCCAUGUCACCCUCGGACCGAACGUGUUGUGGCGUCGUAGAAGAGGCACGCUUGCGAGCGCACGACCGACGAACUCACAAGCCCCAACCCUGGAUCGUUCGCAAGGUCGCCGUCGGCUUGACAUUAGCUUUGAUUGCAUAUACGUCCUAUGUAUAUGUUGGUAUAUUCUGUAGGGACAUGAUUAUAAAGAAUCAGAGUGCAUUGGGAAGUCCGACUGUCGGCAUUGUGUUUUUGGUAAUUUUUUGUAUCCUUCUCUUGAUGGUUUUGUGGUCGUAUUAUGCGGUCGUGACCACACCACCAGGGUAUGCAGCAGAUUUUGUAGAAAAGUUCGAGCUCGAGCGGCCCGUGCGUGGGCAGCAGUCUACAACUUUCAGUGACACUCGUGGAAUGUCUUACGAGCUUCUGUCCCCUCCCGUCGACGUAUCUAAUCAUACCUCGGCGUUAUCGAAUUCGGGAAAUACUGUGCCUGUGACGCUCCCCGUCGUUCCAGCAACGGCCACGCAAGACAAGGUUUAUCAUUCGACUCCACAUCACCAGGGCACAUCUACCCCUGACGAAGCACACAUCACGAACGUACCCGCCGAUACCGAAUCCAUGCGCGUCCCAGGUCCUGCACCACCCUCAUCCCACGGCAGCUCCCACCACUCUAGCUCUAGCUCUGACGCGCCUCCACAAUUGUUCUCGCGACAGCCAUCGACGACGCCCGUCCUCGUCGCCCAGUAUCGUCACUGCGGCAAAGACAAAAUCAUCAAGCCCCCUCGUACACACCAUUGCCGAGCCUGCGGCACCUGCGUUCUAAAGUAUGAUCAUCACUGUCCAUGGGUCGGGCAUUGCGUCGGUGCUUUCAAUCACAAGUUUUUUGUUAAUUUCGUGCAGUGGGCGUCGAUACUUUCCUUUUGGAUGUUUGCGACGAUUUUAGGCUUCAAUAUCAAGUCACAGACGAGAUCCCCGGCUCCCGCAAUUAAUCCACAACAUAUUGUUGCAGUGGCCCUAACAGCGCUCUUUGGCCUGUUUUGUUGUCUUAUGUUUUUGACACAAGUGCAACUAAUUAUGUUGAAUCAAACGACUGUAGAAUCUCUUGCGUUCAGAUCGAUGCAGGAGCGUGAGCAGGAUAAUUUGGCGCGCAUGCACCGUUGGUAUGAUUUUGGAGCUAAGCAACGAACGCGACAACGUUGGGACAAGGAGUGGGGCAGGAUCGGCAAGGAGGGGAACCUCUGGUGGCUGGGAAGUAGUCGCGCGAACUGGGAAUGUGUAAUGGGGAAGAACGUGUGGUGGUGGUUCUUGCCAGUUGGACGUGGACUCGAGGAUGGGCUGAGUUUUCCCACAAACCCACGAUUUGACAACCAAGGGAGAUGGAGAAGAAGGAGAGAGUGGCCUUCUGACCUACAAUGAUAUACACCCAUAUAUUUUCUUUUGUUUUUGCAGAUUUACGCACGCACACACUAUACAUUAUACCACAGUAGUAGAAUUAGGCUUUGGGACGUUUUGGAUAUGCAAAUUUUUGAAUGUCCUGUAUGCAUACUUCUUGUUGUACAAUACAUGUGAUUGCUCCCCUUUCUCGUCCUCCAACG